CCAACUAUGGACUUCCUGGAGGCAGAGGGCGGCUGGAGCCUGUCCUUCGCAGGUGCCGGUUUCUUGGGCCUCUACCACGUGGGGGCCACCCAGUGCCUGCGCCAGCGUGCACCGUGCAUCCUUCAGGGCGCCCGACGUUUCUAUGGCUCCUCCGCAGGCGCGCUCAACGCCCUGAGCAUCGUUUGCGGCAAGUCGGCAGACUUCUGCUGCUCCAAUCUCCUGAGCAUGGUGAAGCAGGUGGAGCGUCUGAGCCUGGGCAUCUUCCACCCAGCCUAUGGCCCCAUUGAGCAUAUCAGGAAACAGCUGCAGGACACCCUACCUGAGAAUUGCCACAUCCUGGCCUCCCAGAGGUUGGGCAUCUCCAUUACCCGAUGGUAUGAUGGCCAGAACUUCAUAGUCACUCAUUUUGCCACUCGAGAUGAACUCAUCCAGGCUUUGGUCUGCUCCUUGUAUUUCCCCUUUUAUUGUGGGACAAUCCCUCCGGAGUUCAGAGGGGAGCGCUACAUUGAUGGAGCCCUGAGCAACAACCUGCCCUUCUUCGAUUCCCCUACCACCAUCACUGUCUCUCCCUACCAUGGGACGGUGGACAUCUGUCCCCAGAGCCGUUCAGGCAGUCUGUAUGAGCUGACCGCCUUCAAUGCCAGUUUCCAGAUCUCUACCAUAAACUUCUUUCAGGGGUUCAUAAGCCUGUUCCCCCCGAAGCCUGAGGUGGUAGCUGACUACUGCAGACAAGGCUAUCUGGAUGCCCUGAGGUUCCUGGAGAGACGGGGACUCACCAAGGAGCCAGUGCUGUGGUCCCUGGUGUCUAAGGAACCCCCAGCCCCCAUGGAGGGACCCAGGAGUGCUGACCAUGACCAGGGCCAGAAACUUCGCCUGACUAUCAGAUGGGACGUCCCCAAUGUGCUGGUCAAGGAUGUGCCCGACUUCGAGCUGCUGGCACCGGAGCUGGAGGCUGCACUGAGGAAGGCUUGCAAGCGGGACUUCUGGGCUCGACUCCAGUGUUCCGUGCCAGGGAGGGUUCUGACCUAUCUGCUACUGCCCUGCACGCUGCCUUUCGAGUAUGUCUACUUCCGGAGCAGGAGGCUGCUGCUGUGGUUGCCUGAAAUGCCAGCUGACUUGCACUGGAUGCAGGGGCUCCUGAAGAGUACAGCCCUUGAGGUCUACUCCAUGGCAAAGACACAGCUCCUCAGGCUGGGCAGCCCGCCUGUCACCAGCGCAGACUCUGGUCCCCUUCAGCGGGGGACAGCUGCUUCUGAGAACCGGGCCUUGAACCUCAGACUUGCUGAUCGUGCACUGGGCUAG